UAUAUUUUUAUUUCAGUUGUUUAUUAGGAAAGUUAGUUUGUGUUUAAACUCGAACGAUAUCACUUCAAAUUGUGUAGUACUUAUAUGCAAGUUGCUGAAUUUUAAAUAAAAGAUUAAAGUUUUUCAAAGAAUCAAAUUGUUAAAAUUAAUAAUUGUAAUUUACAGUGUAAAUUUCAUUGUUGCAGAAUAAAAUACUUCCAAAAUGGGUGGCGGAGAUCUCAACCUGAAAAAAUCUUGGCACCCGAACACAAUAAAAAAUCAGGAAAGGGUUUGGAAAGCGGAACAAGCACAAAGUCAGGAGGAUAAAAGAUUAAAGGAGCUUCGUAAAGAAAUUGAGGAGGAAAAAUACCGCGAACGGCUUGUCAAAGUUGGUGAAACAUCUGGUGUAUUAAGUAAUGACAAUAACGGCAAAAUGGAUUGGAUGUAUAGAAAUAACUCGAACCUGAUUAAUCGUGAGGAAUAUUUGCUUGGUCGUCGUGUUGAUAAAACAUUUGAAACCUUGCAAGCUGAAGAGAAGGAAAGUACAGAAGUAUUUGUGCCAGGUAUGAAAAGGGCGGCAAAUCAUGUAGAACAUGAGUGCAUACCAACAUCUAUAAGAGUUUAUCGCGAUAAUAUGACAACUGAACAAGUAGAUUUGCAGCGAAAAAUUUUGGAAGAUCCUUUAAUGGCUAUAAAACGAAAAGAAAUGGAAUCCAGAAAGAAAUUAUUGGAAAAUCCUGUUAAACUUAAGGAAUUACAUCGAUUGCUUAAAAAUGACCAAAAAACAAAAGAAAAACACAGGAAAAAAUCGAAGAAAUCUAGAAAUAAAGGCAGCGAUGACGAUUCAGCUUCUGAGGAAGGCAAAAAUUUAGAUAAGGAGUUGGAGAAGCGUUUCAAAAAAUUCAAACACAACAUGAGCGAUUUAAAUAAAGAUAUAACAAAGCUCCUUGGAGCCAAAUAUGAAUUUAUUACAAAGGAAUUGGACAAAUCUACUGGUGUUAAGAAAAGGAGUGGCAAGUCAAGCAAGAGAAGUCGUAGUCGCAGCAGAUCUAGAGGGACGGAGAUUGAAUAUACUCGCCAUAGACGUAGUCCAAGUAACUCUAAAAGACAAAAUAAAAACAGAUUUAGGACUAAUUCUGUCAGUAGCAGUUCCAGUGUUGAACGGAAUGAACGAAAACAUAAACAUUCUAUCAAAUCACCAAAAUAUCACAAUACAGCUAAUAAAGUGAGAGACUAUAAAAAAUCUAAAGAGAAGCGAAGGAGUGCAAGUAGCAGUAAUGAUGAAUAUGAAUUUAAGCAAAACAAAAUGACACGCGGAUCAGUUUCGAAAGAAAAAAUACGUGAAAAAGGUAGGACUACUAAUAAGAAGCGUUUAAGUAGAAGUCGUUCAAGGAGUCGUACUUGUGAAGGUGAAUACAGAUAUAGCAAAGAUACAGCACGUGGUGCAUUUUCUAAAAUGAAAUACUCAAAUAAAGAUCUCUCGAAUCGUUGGAGUAGUGAAGAAUCCGAGCUUAAACCUAGCAAAAUACGUUAUCAAGAAGACCAUGCCACCAGAGGUCGCUCAAAAAGCUGGGGUAGUGAAGAAAUUGUUUUUAAUUCAAAUAAACAAAUUCAACGGUUAUCACCAAUAGUAGAGAAACGUAGAGAUAAUAAAAUCACUACAGAACAAUCCAGUAGCAAACGUUCAAAUAGUAGAGAUAGAAGAAGCUAUGCUGAUAGUAGACAAAAAUAUGAUAGAAAAGAACGUUCAAAGUCACCAAAAAGCUCGAAGUACGGAGCAAAGGUGUCAACAGCAAAUAAAUUUAGGCGUUCUACCAGAAGUCGAUCAAGAAGUAAUGCAGGUCGAAGAAAUCGUAGCCCUAGUAAUGAUAGACGUUACAUUAAGCCUUCAAGGUCUUCUAUGGAACGAAAACGUGAAUACGAUGAAGGUACAAGUCAUAAAUCAAAGCAUUUAAGCAGAAGUGGAUCUAGAAGCAAAACUUAUAAGAAGGCGGACUAUCAUUCAAAAUCUCCAGCUAGGCAUGAAAGUUAUAGCAAUUCGAGUCGCAGACGUUCACGUUCAACCACACCACGCAGGCAGCAUUCUUCGUAUGAGCAACCACGAAAGGAGUAUAAAACAAAAACCGGUAAUAGUUCUUUGAACGCUGAAGAGAAGGAAGCUCGUUUACGUGAAAUGAUGGCAAAUGCUUCUUGGCGUGAGGAAACUCGAACCCGUGCCGUACAAAAGCAUCGUGAAGCAUAUGCGCGCGAGGAAGAAAAUCAUAGAUCAAGCACUUUUGACAAAGAGUUUGUUGAUAAAGAGAUGAAAAAAGCUAUAAGCAACCAAUCAUCCAUAACAUCGCGGAUACAAUCUAAUCUAAACAACAUACAACGUUCAUCGCUUGCCAUGAACUCAAAUUUCGCAAGAAAGUAAUGUAUUUACAAGAUGUGUAGUAUUAUAAUUUGGUUCAUUUCUAUUUACCGGUUUUCGAAGUGAACAGUUAUUUUAACAAUGUCACUUCUAAAACCGUUUCCUGAUUAUUGAAUUAAACUAAUAGUUAUUUAAUUUUUAGCCAAUUUAAGAAUAUCACAAGAGUAGAUCCGCAAGAGUCUGUUUUUUUGUGGAACUACUGAAUCGUAAAUAAGUCUAGAAGAUAAUUUCAGGUCAUGUAGUGCUCCUGCAUUAAAUUCACUACAAACUCAAAUCGUAAGGAUAUAAUCAGGUCUAUAAAUGUAGGUUUAUAAACAUACAAAAAGAUGAUAAACUUUGAAAUAAAUAGGUAAAGGGUGUUUCGGUUUUAGUGUGUGUUAAAUCGUUCCUUGGUUUGAAAAACAAAAACAAUCGUGUGUUGAUGUCAGGGUAUCUAAAAAGGCUAUCUGAUAAACAUCUCGAAAAACUUUCACUCAAAAAACCUGUACUCAAAAAAUUUUCACUUAGAAAAUGAUUGUCUUGAAAAUGGUUUAUCGAAUAAAGA